GAGGCCCUGCCUGAUGAGGACAAGGAGACCGAGGAUGCAGAGAAUGAGGAAGAUCUCGACCUCGAAUCCUUCGGAGAUAAGAAGAAGAAAAAGAAGAAGAAGAAGCCAAAGGAUUUGGAUGAGUUGAUUGGUGACGAGGAUGACAAGGAGAAUGAUGUACUGGCCGCCCCUAGUCCAUGUAAUGGCAAGGGCAGGCCUGAGGAUUUAGAGUCGAACGCCUGGGUGGACUCCGACAGAGACUACACAUACGAGGAGCUCCUGCAGCGUGUGUUCGGAAUCAUGAGAGACAAGAACCCCGAAAUGGUGGCCGGGGAGAAGAAGAAGUUUGUCAUGAGACCUCCCCAGGUUGUGAGGGUUGGUACCAAGAAAACUGCUUUUGCUAACUUCACUGAGAUUGCUAAGAUGUUGCACAGAACCCCGAAACAUUUGCUCGCGUUCCUGUUUGCCGAGCUGGGAACUAGCGGGGCUAUCGACGGUAGUAACCAGCUGAUAAUGAAGGGUAGAUUCCAGCAGAAGCAUAUUGAAAAUGUUCUUCGAAGAUACAUCAAGGAGUAUGUGACCUGUCACACCUGUAGGAGCCCUGAUACAAUCCUUAACAAGGAAACUAGACUCUUCUUCCUCCAGUGCAUGACCUGUCACUCAUCCUGCUCCGUGCAAACCAUCAAAACCGGUUUCCAGGCCGUCACUGGCAAGCGGUCAGCCAUCAGGGCUAAACAGUGAUACAGAGGGUUGCGAGGAAAAUAUUUUGUCGGAUCACUGGCUGGAGCUGAGAAAAAUGUGUUUCGUCAAAUUCUUUUCAAAAAUACAGUUUUAAUUAAA